UCGAAUUCGAAAUUCGCAAAUUCCAGAAAGUAAAGGUCAGAAUUUCAGCUGUUCUUCCCCAAAAGACCGAAUCUGUUUUUUUUUUUGUUGUAAAUUUUGAAUCUCUGAAUCUUGGGGUGUGAGAAAUUUGGGAGGAUCAGAACAAAAGGAGGUGAUUUUUGGGUGUUUCGAUUUGUAUGAACAGUUGGUGGUUGGUGGGUAACCGCCAUUUGAGCUCAAUUCUGUGAAUUUGCAAGGUACUGGAACUUCCAAUAACUCUAAUUCAGCGAUGCGCUGAAUCUCUGUAGGUUAAUUUGUAGAAGUAACUUGUAUUUGAUUUUUCUAAACACAAUAAAAAUAUGCAUGCCCGGAAUCGGAAUCCUGGAAACGGGUACAGGUCCAAUUCCAUGGGGAUGGGCAUGGUUCCCAACUCUCGAAUCUCCCCAGAGGGUUCUAUGAGGGGGCAUGGCUUUUACAACUCGGAACACCGCAACUUCAAUCGGGGUUUUGGCCGCCCGAAGUCUUUUCAACCCCCACCAGCUCCUCCACCACCACCACCUCCUCCACCUCGCAAAGGUGACAUCUUUAUGGAGGCGGGGCGCCUCGCGGCGGAGUAUUUGGUAGCUCAGGGACUGCUGCCUCCGAAUGUGCUAUCUGCUAAAUGGCAGAACUCCAAGAAGCAAGUGGGGGAGUUUCAGGAGGCUGAUCAGUUGCAAAUUGCUGAAGAGGGCCGGACUUCGGCUCUUGCCCGGUUGGGGAAUUCGGUUUCGGAUGGAGGGUCAAGAAGGGGAAGGUUUGGUGUUGAUGAAUUCAGCAGCAAUGCAAGGAAUCAGUUCAAGGGAAGGAGGAGAAAUGCAACUGGAUCGAAUAGGGGCGGUUAUGGCUCUGAUUGGGGUCGAGAGUCUGGCAGGACUGGCUCGUUCACUGAUAGGCACAGUAUGGCUUCCUUUUAUAUGGAGGGUGAUGAAGGUUCGGUAUCUGGACAGCAUGAGGAGCAGAAGGUCAGUAAAGAUGUUGGUAAUAAUGGAUUGCAACAGAAUUCUAGUCCAAGCGAGUUGGGACCGAAGAGCGAGGAUGCAGUGGAUUCAGAAUCUAACUUGGACAAAGGUCAAAACCCUGAUGAGGAUAUGAGUUCAAAGCCAAGUUCUGGAGCUUGGAUAGAUGGUCCAACUGAAACAGAUGAAGUUGGUGAGGAAACCACCAAGGUAUCUGAUAUAGAGAUUAAGGAUCAAACCACCAAUGAUGAAACCGAGAAAAAUAAUGUAUCGGAGAACUUACCAAUUCAGCUUAGCGUUUUGGAGGCUGAGGGUGAGGGCGAUUCUUCAGGAAAGAAUGAUACUAAUUUGCUGACACUCUGCAAAUUUGCCAAGGUGCCCACCAGAACACGCUCGUCGUUGACUUCUAGGGGUCCAAAGGUUGAUCCAGUUGCAAAUAUCCAGGAGGGGAGCACCUCUGACAAUGCUGUCCAACCGGCAGAUUCUCAAGUUUUAGUUGAAAGUUGUUCCCUUGAUGUUUCUGCAGGUGCCACUCUAUCACACAAAACUCCUCAGGAUAAUGGUCUCAACCCUGAAACUUGUAAAUCUCAGUCCAGUCAGCCUGCUGAAAUUUUGGUAGAAUUAGAUCCUGCAUAUGGUAUGGAGCAAAAUAAAUAUGGAAGAUCCCAGUCUUUGCCAGGUAGAGCUUUUGUUCAUGAAAAUGAGCAAGAAUCAAGUCAGGGACCAGUAGGGUUUGGGAGUUCCAGCUUUGUAGCUAAGGAAAGAGGUGACAAAAGGGAUUUAGAAGAACAUGAUAAGCUGGAGGGAGCAAAAAAACCGAGAAAAUGGCUUCCUUACAUGGUUGCGGACACAGAUGAGUGUUUCCAACUUUCUAACUUGAGCGAAAAGAAAGAAAGUUCGCAGGAAGAAAACGGUUCUCCUGGUGAACAGGUAAUUAUAGCUUUUGGUCAUGAAAGCUCGGUAAUGAAUGAUUCCCAUUUCCAAAAAGAUAGACGUGAAGCCUGUAUUGAUUAUGUGCAAGAAAAGCAGCUUUUUCCAAAUUCAUUCAAGAUUUGCGACCUUAAUCUCAUGGAUGCACAUGAGAAUCGUGACAGUGAUCAUGCAAUAGAUUAUCCACCUGUUUCUGGAAUAAAGAAAGAAGCUGAACCUGUUGAUAUUGAUUUGUCAAUGAGUAACUCCAACGUGUCUGGUGAAAACAGUAGAUGCACUACCGAUGUUAAAGAGAUUGAAAUCAUAGAUUUAGAAAGUGACUCCAUCCAAGAAGAGACCUUCAACACUGCUGAAAGAAAGACAGAGACUGAAUUUACUCCUCUGGUGGGCUUUUCCAACCAUGCGCAGAAUCCUAAUGAUAUCCCCGAUGUUCAAGAUGGUUAUGGGCUUAUGAUUUCAGAGUUGCUGGGAACUGAUUUCCCAAAUUGUUCAACGGCACCAGGGGAUCUUAAUCCAUUGCAUAACGAAAUUGUCCUUCAUAACGGAGAGGAAGCUCUUGCUGACGAUGAUUCGAUAUACAUGGCACUGGGAGAAAUACCAUUAACCUUUUUGAGACCCUGGGAGCAGCCAACCCCGCAGGAGUAUGAGAAGCCCUUUUGAUCCAGCCAUUCAUAAUAUUGCUCGGAUGUAUAAUUCGGUAUGCUUAGAUCAUUUGGGGUUCUUUUGUCCCACAAUUAGCUCUAUAUAAGUGACAAUCUUUGCUUUGAUUGCUUUUUACUUUUUUUUUUUUUUUUUAGUUUGUUAAGGGUGCAAGUAAAUCUCUUCCUCUGGUAGGAAGUUUAAGGACGUUGAAUGCUUUUGAUUUUCUGUUACACCUCGCUUUUAACAUGAAACAUUUUAACCGUGUUGA